ACCACAUACCAAACCCGCCACCAAACAUUUCUCCAUCAAUCUUUACCUCUUCACCCCUAACCCCCUACUUCAAUUUAGGAUCAUCAUGACCCAUUUGUGUGGUUUGACUAUCACUUGUAUAGUGAUUACAGGAGAGAGAGAAAAACACAAAUUAUAGAACAUGGAUGACUCCCAAGAAGAAGCCACAAACCGAUUCAAAUUCAACGACUGGGAAUCACUCCCUUCCACCCACAACCACAACCACCGCAACAACCACAACCGUUCCUCCUCGCACCACCCACUUCCUCUUCGCACCACCCAUCACCACCACCAGCACCUCUCCGUCUUCCCGCCGAUCAACCACGAAGAUCUUCCAAUCCCACCACCGCCGCCGCCUCCGCCGCACGCGCCGCUUACUCUCUCCAAUUUCACUUCGGACUCUGAUUCUCCCUCCCCUUCUUCUCCUCCCCCGCCAAAACCCAGGAAUUCUUUGUUGAUUAAUAAAUGGGUUGAUUUUGUUCUUCAUCUUUGGAAUUCUAAGCUUCGGUCUUGUCUUGCGAUUGUUUGCUCUCGUGGGUUUUUUUCCUUGGUUUUUCCGGCGGCUUCUACGGUCUGGGUUUUGGUUUUUUUGUGGUUUUGGGUUCGGCGGCGGCGGCAGCGGUUAAGGAGGGAUGGUGGGAAGGAAAGUGUUGAGCAUUUGAAGGUUUUGAUUAAGGAAAAAGAUGAGAUUAUUCAGCUCUUAGAGCAGAUUGCUCUUAUGAAUAAGGUAUUGCUAGCACGGUACAAAAUUCCUGUUAUAAAAUCCAGCUGAUUGAGAGUAUACGCAUACGCAUGGCUGUGUUUAGGAAUGUGGCUGGCUCAUUGGAACCAUCAAUCAGGUGUGCAACUGUGCUAUAUGUAUUUAUAUUUAUUGUAUAUCUUACGCAUAAUCUACAAGUUGGUCUAGUAUUAGGCUAAUAUGUACUUGUAUAUAAGUUUUGUUUUACUGUACUGUUUAGUACUUCGUAUAAAGUUCUUAAUGUGCCUAUGCAUGUAAAUGGCAAUAACAUUAGUAUUUUUUGUAGUUUCUUCAUUGUAAUCAAUCUUUAGCUCAAUUCUUUUAUGUUGAUGGAUUUUGGAGUCA